GUUUAUUUUAUGCAAAAUAUGUUUCUUGUAACUACAACAUAUCUGUGUUGGGGUUUUACACAUGUCUGCAUAUGGAUAAUCGAGCUGCAUCAUGAAUGUGCCUAGUUAAAGACCUUUUUCUACAUCACUAUCGGUUAUGGCCUCUGUGUCAAUGUGGCGUUAAUCUUCAAAGUGCAUUUCAUCCCGUUUAUUCAGUCUCUAAAGAACGUCUCCUGCAAAAAACAAUGAUAUGCAGGGUACGGAUGGGCCGUUAGGUGGUCCUGAUGUCAGAAGGAGGAUCCCAAUCAAACUUCUUCCCAAACAGGCCAGGAAUAAACCUGCCCCACGACCCCAAAGACCAGCAGGACGGUUACCUUCCAAAUCCCAUUCUGUAGACGAAGAAGGGUUUAACUUCAAGCAGGAGGACCGGUUUGAUUGUGGCGUGAAAUCUGGAGACGCAUUUGCGAGUCAGCGUCGAUUCCCACAGCAGCUGUAUUGGGAUUACAAGCUAAAUUUGAUCGGUGAAAAGGAUGAGACACCUGUUCAUUUCUGUGACAAAUGUGGACUGCCAAUUAAGACAUACGGUCGUAUGAUCCCAUGCAAGCAUGUUUUCUGCUACGAGUGUGCAUUACAUCAUGAAAGGAAGGGUGAUAAGAUGUGUCCAGGUCUAAACAUGUACAGCUGUACAGACCCGGUCCAGCGGAUUGAACAGUGCCAGCGUGGAUCUCUGUACAUGUGCAGUAUCGUUCAGGGUUGCAAACGCACCUAUCUAUCCCAGAGAGACCUGCAGGCUCACAUCAACCACCGGCACAUGCGCUCCGGCAAGAGCUCCAGCAGCCGCUCUGACUCUCUCCACCUUCCUCCCGCCUCGGAGGUGUCCGACCGCUUCCGCGUGCCCCCACCUCACCUAUCUAAGCCCCAUGUGCUCAUUCCUCCUCCUCUGGCUCAUCCCGGACACGACCCCUACAGCCAGCCUCCCUCUGGCUCCCACGAUGACCUCCGACCUCCACAAGGCCAGCCGCCUGGAGACAUGGGACCAUCCCGCUCUCUCGCUCAGGAGACCUUCCGCAUCUCGACCGUCACCACUCGGAAGCACAGCAACCUCAUUACAGUUCCCAUUCAGGAUGAUUCCGCAAGCUCCGGACCAUCCCGUGACCCCCUUCCCCAGCCCGGCAAUGCUCCGCCCCCUCACCAUCACCCUGGAGACUAUCCAGGUCAGCCUGUUGUGACUCAUCCGCAUCACAUGAUGGCGCCGCCUCAGCAGCACUACGGCCCCCCUCCGCCCCCUCCUCCCAUCAGUCACCCUAUGCCACACCCGGGACAGGGCUCAAAUACACCUCACAUGGUUUUCAACCAAGCUCCUCCGCCGCUGUCAUCUGUUCCCCCUCCCAUUACCCCACCUCCCGGACACCUCAUUGGUCAGAUGCCUCCAUUUAUGAACCAUCCUCCUCCAGGGCCGCCCCCUCAGCAUGGAGGUCCCCCUGUCAACGCCCCGCCGCCCCAUCAUUAUAACCCCCAGUUUCCCGAGGACAAGAGCACGCUCAGCCCGCCGUUCAACCAACCCGGCGGCUUGAGUCCAGGAAUGUGGCCGGCGCCCAGGGGUCCUCCUCCACGAAUGCAGGGUCCCCCUCCACAGGGACAGAUGCCGGGGCCGCAUCACCCCGAUCAGGGCCGCUACAGACCGUAUUACCAGUAAUAACGUGAUUUUGUUGUUGCUAAAUAAAGUGGUUUAGUAUGUAAACCUGGCAGGGAUUCGAAUGGAUAUUUUAUAGUCUGAAACUAUUAACUGUAUAGUAAAGAUCAGUACUGAAUGGUGUAUUAAAUCUUGUCGUCGUCAGAUAUUCAAACAUUUACUUUUUAAUAAUUCAGCCCAUACAUGCUGCAUUUUAGGGGCUUUUGUUGAUUGUCGAAUGUGUUGUUUCUUGAAUGUAAUCCAAAUUAAAUGUACAAAUUAAA